AUGCCCGGGCUACGGUUCGCCGGCCUUGCGCCUGUCUUGGUCUUGUGUAGCUUGCUUGCUGGAAGUGCCAAUGCCGGCAGCCUGGCGGAUAUCGACCAUGUCGUCCUCUUCAUGCAAGAAAACCGCGCAUUCGAUCACUAUUUCGGGACCAUGGCUGGUGUCCGCGGUUUUGCUGACGCCAAUCUUCAGACGAACAACGGUGUCCCUGUCUGGAAGCAGCGCACUACAAAGCAGCAGACCACCAAGACGGAUUUCGUGACGCCGUGGUACCUCAACUACCUCGGCGGCACCUGGCCUGAAGCUACUCAGUGCAUGACGGCCGGCAGCAAUGGCUGGUUCGAAAACCACGCCGCCUGGAACUUUGGCUCCAAUGACCACUGGGCAAUGAACAAUACUCCCUGGAGCAUCGGGUUCUACAAGAAGCAAGACCUCCCUACUCAGUGGGCACUGGCUGAGAACUGGAUCGUCGGUGACAUGUACCAGGAGUCCGUCAUCGCCUCCACAAGUCCAAAUCGUGUCAGUUGGAUCUCGGGCUCCAUCAAUGUCCCUGGCUCGCCGCAGAAGCCUGACCAGGGCGGCAACCCCUACAUUGACAACAACGAGACUCCUGGAUGCGAGAGAGGAGGUAUCAACUGCUUUCCACUCAAGUGGAAGACUGCUGCCGAAUACUACCAGGAAGCGGGCGUGUCUUGGAAUGUGUUUCAGGACGCGGACAACUUUGACGACAACCCAUACGCCUGGUUUGAUCAGUUCCGCAGAGCCCCCCGCGGCUCUGCUCUGUACGAUCACGGCAUCAAGGGCUCCUCUCUGGCCUCGUUCUACGACCAGGCCGCCAACGGCACCCUGCCCGAAGUGUCGUACAUCGUCGGCCCCAUGCAACUGUCGGAGCAUCCUCCCUACUCGCCGCACGACGGCGCCUGGCUGCAAGACGAAAUCACGCGCGCCGUGCUCCACUCGCCGAAAUACAACAAGACUGCUCUGAUCGUCUCGUACGACGAGACGGGCGGCUGGUUCGACCAUGUCGAUCCAUACCAUUCGCCAAGGGGAACCCCCGGGGAGUGGCUGGAUGAUCCGCAGGGCAAGGUCGGACACACCUUUGCCGGCCCCGGCUUCAGACUCCCAUUCUACAUCGUCUCUCCGUGGACCCGAAACGGCGGCGUCUACACGGAGCACUCGGAUCACAGCUCGCAAAUCAUGUUUGUGGAGAAGUGGCAGGCUGCCAAGGGCAAAAACGUCCAAACCAGCCAGAUGGUUCCCUGGCGCCGCGACAACAUGGCCGAUCUCGUCAAUGCCUUCGACUUUGCCCACCCAGACUACAGCAUCCCCCGCCUGCCCGCCGCUCCCAAACCACACGUCAACUCCAAGGGGCAGUACGACGGAUCGUCCUACUGCCAGUCCAGGUUCCCAAGCCCUCGGCCGCCGGUGCCGUACACGGGGGACGGCGUCAUCGCCGAUCUCGCCACCGUGGUCGAGCACGGCUUCAAGGCUGUCCGCGGGAGCCUCACCGAGGGCCGCUACCUGGUUCUCGAGACGGAUGGGCAGUCUUUGACCGACGCCGGUGGAGAGACGAGCAAGGACGCGACAGUCACGAAAAGCACCCCCGACCACGAGGACAUUGCGCACAGGUGGAUCGUCCAUGCCGUGCGAAUCGGGGGCGAUGUUUUCACCUUGCAGAGUGCGAAAACCAGGCGGUACCUCUGCAAGGGUGGGAGCCUCUGCGCCGACGUAGAGAACGCCGAGGCCUUUGCGGUGCAAUUCACUGCCAGCAAGGGACAUGGCUGGAAGCAGUGUGACGGGGGACGGUAUCUCUCCGCAGAAGGGGGAAAAUUGGAUUUUACUGGCGAUCCUAGGUACUGGAAGGUUUUCAGCGUCAGCUACUAG